CCGUCACUGUGUUCUGUAAAACAAAAUCUUUUCCUUCAUUUCUCACUGCAGCAGCUAGCUGACUGUCCCCCAAAUUUAUUUUGAAUUAAUCCAAACACUUGCACGAAAUUUGAGACUCUGCAAUGACGCUGACGAAGCUAUUUUCGGCUUUAAAAACUCAAUUUGUCGGCGAGCAGCGUCAUCGCCGUGUCGUUCAGGUAAGAGAAAUACAACUCCCAUGAUGCCUCUGUGCGGUUGUCAAAAUGAAAUUGUGAACUGCGCCUGCUCCAACAGUUGUUGCAAAAAUGGCGGCACUCUUGCUGCAGGAGUUUGAACCUGCGGAGCUAGCCAGGCUACCGAGAGCUCUUCAAAACAGACUCGAGAGGAUCCUGUCGGACCAGCAAUAUGAAAUUGAUUCUUUAAAGGCACAGCAAGAGCAAUUUCGUGUCGACAGCGGUAAGCUAAGUGCUAAGUAUUUAGUUGGGUAGCCGUGGUGAGUGUGUUGUGUCACUCAGCGUGCACAUUAGAUAACUGAAUGAAGUUUAAGUGAACAAUUGUAGUUUGAUUUUACUGACACCAUAGCUUCAUAAAAGUGAUUAUCGACUUAUAAAUUCUUGAACAGUUUUGAUAUUUAGAGAAAAUGAGGUCAAGGAUUUAACUACGGGUUAGUCAACAGCACGAUGCUAAAGCUAACUUUAGCUCGCCAGUCAGAUAACUUACCUUAGAGUUAUCUUCACUAAGAACAUAACGCUUCACUAAGAAUAAAUGUUGUGCAGAUCAUGAAGCUGGUGUUAUUGUUUGCUAAAAAACAUUAUUUUACAACGACAGACAAUUCGGCUAACCUAAUUGACUUUUCGUGCUUCUGUGUUUGUUGUUAUUUGUUAUAGAGCAACAUUUCUUUGAGAAAGUGAAACAGCUCGCUCAGAGCCAGGAGGAGUUUCUGUCCCAGACUCAAGAACAUCUCAGACUUAAAGAGGAGUUUGCCAAGCUCGGUAAGAGUGGACACAUGAGUCCAUGUCAGACACAACUUCCCUGAAUUGAAUGUAACCUCUCAGUUUGUGACAUUGGGACAAAUUUCUCUUCAUAUCUCUUUCAGGGGAUGAACUUAAAAGUGUGCGUGAGAAAAACAGAGAAUAUGAAUCCACUCAGGAGAGGUUGUCUUCAGAGCAGGUGAGAAAAAAAAAAACAAUAUAAGCCACUUUAAGCCAAAUGUAGAAAUCUCUUGGACAAGCAGUUUGUGUUACUGUUGUGUUCAUAGUAGGGCUGGGCAAUAGGGGAAAAUGUUUAUCACGAUAUAUAUAUAUAUAUUUUAAUCAGUCGAUACUGAUAUAUAUAUAUAUCAGAUCCAGAAUUUAUUCAUCACAUACUUGUAUAUUCACAUAUAUAAGCAAUGAAAUGUUGCAGACGACCCACUAUUGCACGUCACAGGAAAAACAAACAAAAACAAAACAAACAUAAAAAAAUUCAUGAUGUCACAGGUUAUUGCAACAGAAACAAGGUGCGGAAAAAAGUAAGUGGUAAAAGUACAACAAGAAAAACAUAUUGUCUUUAGCCAGUUCUGUGGUUGGGUGUAGCUGCUGUCUGCUACUACGCAGUUGUUUGCUACUUGGUUCUAAUUCAGCACAUGAUUUUUUCAGCACGAAGCGGAUCCGGAGCAACUCCCCUUUUCAUUUGCUAUUUGUAUAGUCUACCAGAACAUGGCAGAAUGCCGACUAUCGAAAAGGAUAUUGACCAUGCUUUAUAUUGAUAUGAGGGAAAUUAAUUUUCAAUGUAUAUCUUUAUCGUUUUAUCGCCCAGCCAGAGUUCACAGUGAUAUGAAUAAUUCCUACCUUAGUGAUAGCAUACUUUUAAGUGACGGUUGAUCUACACUUGUCUCAUGCAACUCAUCUAUUCAUCUCAACUUACUGACCUACUGGUGAAAUGAGACCAACAAUAUCAGACCCAUACUGAUGUUAACACACCUUUCUUUUUUAAUCACAGAAAACACAGUCUCUUUUGUACUAUAAUUUACCUGUUGCUCCGACUGUAAAAGUCUGUUUGUUAUAGAAAUAGACAUGAUUAAUAUAUCUUUAUAUCCAUAGAAACUUUCAUAGCUGCCAAUACUGGUAUAUAACUUUUGAAGCUACUAUCUGCUCAUACUAAUAUUAUGCUGAUAUUAUCCCUACUUCUUGGUUUACUUGUACAGACUGCUAUUUAAAUUUUAUAUGGACUUUAAUGGACCAGUUAGUGGUUGGUUAAAUUGACAUCGUUAAAAAGUCUGAAGUAAUUUCGUAAUUGAUUAACUUGUGACUAACGGUUAAAAUCAUGUUAUCUGCGUAGACUGUGCUGUCAAAAGCCAAGGAGGAACUGGAGGCAGAAAAGCGAGAGCUUCUGCGAACACUGGAAAGAAGGUCCCAAGAAGUUGAGCAUUUGAAUGGUAUGAAUACAUACAUUAGCAGAGCAACAUUUAUCCAAACAUCUCAUUUUUAUUUGUCCUGUCAUUUGAACUUGGCCAUUCUUUGAUUUCUUUUCAUUACCAGAUGACCUCAGGCAACUCAAUGAUAAGCUGGUGGAAGUCAACACCUCCAAGAUGACCUUGCAGAUGAAAUUAGAUGAACUUGAGGCAGCUGAAGUCAACAUCAAGGUGAGCUGUGUGGUUUUUCUGUUUUGAUUACACGAUAAAAGAUGAAGUGAACAGCUGUUACCUUAUUAUGAACAAAUGGUAGAAAAGCUGCUGUGGGUUUUUGUUACAGUACAAAGAGAGUCGUAUGGAACAGGAGAAAGAGCUGCUGCAUGGACAAAUAUCUUGGCUGAAUGAGGAGCUGAAGGCUAAGAGUGAAGAGCUACUGUCUCUGUCCAGAGAGAAGGGAAACCAGAUCUUGGAACUGAAGUGCAGUCUGGAGGACAAAACAGAGGAGGCAUGUUUGUUUUGUAUUAAUAGAUGAUACUUAGAUAACUGUGGCUUAUGACUGAAUAUAUUGUGGGUACUUUGUGACAAAUCAUGUACUGUUGAAGGAUUUGAUGUCACAGUUUGUUGUUGUAUUAUAUGAUUUAAGCACUUGUUUCAGCUGGAACCAUCUGCAGUGAUCAUAACAGUGAAAAGUGUGUCUUUUUUGCUCUUGAUCUCCAGCUGAGCAGAGUCCAGGACCAAGUGGGCAGUCUGAAAACGUCAAAUGAACAUCUUCAGAAACAAAACGAGGACAUGAACAGCAAACUCAAAGAAGUAUGUGUGUAGUGUUUCUUACAGACAAAUCUGAGCAUGCAUCCUGUGUCCUUUCAAGAACAGUGUUGUUUUUAUUUCAUUGAACAGUAUGCAGUGCAGCAACAGGAUUCAUAAUGUGGCAUUCAUUGUGAAGCUGAGUCAAUGACAUGUAUCUGGAUCUUUCCUAUUUCUAGGCCAAAGAACAACAAGCAACUAUGGAGGAAAAGUUCAGAAAUGAGCUGAACGCCAACAUUAAGCUGUCCAAUCUUUACAAGGUAUGUGUCGUGUCAUUACAAAUGUGAACGCAUUCGCUCUCAGUAUUUAAUUCCAGGCUAGGGUUAGCUAAAGUUAGCUCAUUCAUGAGUCAUACUAUAUGUUUACAUGCAGUCCAAAAAAUCGAUUCAUUGCUGUAGUCUGAGUGAAAUUGCAUAAAUCAAACUUCUCUUAAUCAGACUGACAUACCUGAGUAAUGUGGUCGGUGAACAACUUUCUCUGUCUUGUAUUUGUCUCAAUUGAACUGAAGCAAGCCUCAGCUUUCUGCACAUGCUCAGUGUUUGUACCUGGCGCCCUGAGCUGAAGGUGAUUAGCACGGAUGUGUUGCCAGAAUUUUGGUAGUAAACAAAACCUCAACAAAAAAACAAAAAAGACAUUAAAAAGGGGACCUACCUACUGUGGGGCAAGGACAGCAGUUCAGUUAAAUCGCCUUAUGCAUGUAAGAGUACUGAAAAUAUCAGUUUUCCUUUAUUCUUAUUUAUUCAGUUAACAAUAGGAAAACUUAAAAUCACUUGUCUGUCUGUAGAGUUUUGCUUAAGAGUCACUGACAAAGACCCAAAGAUAAUAUCAAACACAAAAUAGACUCAAUUUAGAUGGAUACAUUUUUAUUUUAUUUUUGUUGGCACUUAGAUUGAUCUGUGUUAUGUCAAAACUUUCCCUGUUGUUUCGGCAGAGUGCAGCGGCAGAUUCUGAGGCCAAAAGUGAAGAGCUGAGCAGAGCAGUUGAGGAGCUGCAUAAGCUGCUGAAAGACGCAGGAGAAGGUAGAACCACAUCCUAGUAUGACCACAGCUGCUAAUUCAGCUACUCGGCACUUGACUUCCUCCUUCAGCAGGAUGCUUAGCUUCUGUUUUAAUGUACCCCCCCUGACAGUUCUCUUCUCCCUCUUUCUUCCACUUAACAGCCAACAAGGCCCUUGAGGAGAAGCUGCAGGGGAUCAAUGAGGCCACAGACAAGAGUGAAGCGGAACUAAAAGACAGGAUCCAGGCUCUUGAGAAAGAGCUUGACAAUGCCAAUGAGCUGCUGUCAAGUUCGAAACUCAGAGGUCAGCUGAGUUCAUUUUCCUUGUUUUUUUCUUUAAUGCACUGGUCUCCAUUUUAAAUAUAUCAAUCUGAGAUCCAACAUUUAGCCUUCAUGCUGAUAAAUUUGUCUGGUAAUCUUUUCUUGUUUGGGACAUUCAGGCCCUGUCAGCACAACUUCAAUGCUCACAGAGGAGCAACUGACAACAAUGUCUCCAACAGCUGCUGCUGUGUCCAAGAUAAAGCCUGGCAUGAAGCUGACAGAGGUGAAUAAGGUUUAAAAACCUGUGGCUGAAUGAGAAUGAGUUUGAUAUUGAUGAGGUUGUGUGGGCUUACAGUAAUGCUAGGUACGAUCCUGUGUUUAAGCUGAGAAAAGAUAAUAGUAAUUUAGAUUGUUUUGUGAGAUUUUUAGAGACUAUCAUUACAGGUAACACGAGAGUAAUAAUGUAACAGCAAACCCAAAUGUUGUCAAUGCCCAUGUGUCUUAUUUUGAUACAAAAUGAAAAUUGUGUUCUCAGCUCUACACAGCAUAUUUGGAGAGCCAGGAGCAGCUUCAGUUGGAGCGACUGGAGAACAAGCGGGUUAACAAGUACCUGGACGACAUUGUGCAGGAAGUGGAAGCAAAAGCUCCUAUCCUCAAACGCCAAAGGGACGAACAUGAGCGAAUGCAGAAGUCAGUAGCUAGUCUCUCUGCCAAGCUGGAGCAGGCUGUACAGGUUGGUAAUGGGGAUAAGUUGUAUGUUUGUCAGGUAAAUUAGAUUUCCCACCUAUCCUAAUUACAUUCUACCCUGUUGUUAAGUUUGUGUUUUACAUUUUUUAGAGAAAUUUUGAUGCUCUGUACUUUAAUUUCUGCUUUAUGGUACCUAAGCUUAACCGUAAACUGUUUUGUGUUUUCUUCAGGAGGUACACCGUCUACAGAAAGAUGCUGAUGAAUCCAACAAGCGCUCCUCUGUUCUGGAAAGAGACAACCAGAGGUUUGAACUUCAGUUAGCAGACAUGGCUCAGCAGGUGGGCUCACAUGCCUUUCCUUCAGUCUAAACAUAGUUCAGUUUUUUUCCUCUUGUGUCUCUAAGAUUCUGAUUUCACUGCUAUCUCUUGUGUUUCCAUCCAGGUGCGAGUACUGCUGAUCGAGCUGGAAGAGGCUCGCGGGAACCAUGUGAUUCAUGAAGAAGACGUGAACUCGGCUGAUAUCAGUAGCACUUCGGAUGUGAUCAGUCAACAUCUGGUGACCUUCCGCAGUGUAGAGGAGCUACAGAAGCAGAAUCAGCGUCUCCUGGUGGCCCUCAGGGAGCUCAGCGAUGCUCAGGAGAGAGAGGAAUUUGAAGACUCUGGCAAUAAGUAAGUUAGAUUGUGCAUUGAAUUAUUUUUAAUCUGUUAUUAUACAAUAACACAAAGAAUAAACAAUUAGAAAUAUCGCCUCUUCCAGGCGUCGCGAAUUGGAGCAGCUUUUGGAUCAAGCCUUGACUGAGCUCGAGUCCCUGAAGGAGCAACGAAGCCAACAGGUCAGAAUGACUGAGCCCAUCGCUAGGCAGAGGGACAUGUACCGUGUGCUGCUGGCUCAGGCCACAGGAGUCAACUUCCCUCAGCAAGGUGGUGAAACAAAGAGAAACUAAGUCAUUCAACUUUGACUCAUUAUAGAGCAGUGAUGAUUUUUCACGUUUUGCUGACUUUAUGAGGGUCUUUUUCAUCUAGGUACACCACCUGAGGAGUUUUCUCUGGCUUCCACUCCCCGGCGCUCACCUGCAGCAGCUUCCACAGCGGGAACACCCACUGCACUUGUGUCAAUGGCAACAGAGUCAGCAGAAGCCUUGGAAGCCAAGGCAGCUUUGCGACAGGUGGGUGCUCCAUUGACCAGAUCAAAGUUACCCUGUGAGUCUUGGCUGUUGGUAUUUCGUUUUCAAAAGUCCACAGUGGCAGCGCAUGAAGAUAUUAAGUGUACGUUUAAGCUUUUCUUGAGUUUUUUUAUAGGCAGUUCACUCCACCCCCACCCCACCCUCUUCCUAAAUUGGCACAGCCUUUCAGAUUUCUGUUUAUUCAUCCUUUUCACAAAGCUUUCAGUAAUGAUUCCUCUCAUGAGUGUGCCUCAUCUGUUUCCUAUUUACACCACUAGAUGGCCAUAUGUUUCUACUGAGAUAUUUACAAUUGAGCCAGUUGGAUAUUACUUUGUCAAUAAUGACGCUUGGGGUACAGGGAUGAAAAAGUACUAUGGUGCCAUUUAGGCUAGUAGAAAGACUCUAAAGAAGAGUGACUGCGGUGUAUUCAGUUUCAGUAAAUUUCUGCUAUGUAGAAUUUAAAUGAAUGUGUGUUAAAUGUGUUUAUUCUGCCCUCAAACAAUGACACUUCUUGAACAAUGAAAACUAAAGCUAGACUGUCACCAAAUAAAACUUUCUGGUUGAAUCUGCAGUUGCAGGAAGUGUUCACCACCUACAAGAAGGAGCGUGUAGAGAGCGAUAAGGCACUGACAGGGCAGAGCGAGAAACUCCAGGAGCAGCUCUCUGAUCUUCACUCCCAGAAUGCCAAAAUAUCCACCCAGCUGGACUUUGCCUCCAAGAGGUAAGCGUGAUAGGCAUUAGCAAAAACAGAACUACAUGAUCAACUGUAGGAUGUAAAUUGUUCCUUCUGGUGCACACUGACGGUUUGAAAAAGUAAAAAGAUUGCAUUCAAGUGAAGUGUAUUCCAACACAACUAGGUAUGAGAUGCUGCAGGACAACGUCGAGGGCUACAGGAAAGAGAUUGCCUCCCUCAGAGAGAAAGGGCAAAAGAUGGCAGCUGCCUCACAGAAGCACGAGCAGACCAUCAGCACUUUGAAUGAGGAUCUAAGAGCUGCCAAAGAGAAACUCUCCAUGGCCGAGGUUUGUACUGUAUGACAUACUGGUCAUGAUUGUGCCUCAUUUAGUUCUCUCUGCAUUUCAUUAUCACUCAGCAGAACUGCAAUGAUGCAUCACUGUAAAUUUUUCCCUUCUCUGUUUAUCUCAGAGCUACUACAGUUAGGGUUUGUCCUUUCCUUUUUCCUAGGGUCGUGCUGAGAGUCUGCGUAAAGAGAGAGACAUGCUUAAGCUUGUGGAGUCCAGGCUGAAUCAGGAGAAAGAGACAAUCCUCAGCCAACAACAAUCCCAAAACCUGCUGCUAACCAACCUCCAGACCAUUCAGGUACUCUACGAUAGAAAAAAAUCCACUAAUCUUCUCACACAGUCACACACAAACAUGGUUCAAAUAAAAAUAACAAAAAAAAUUGUUUGUUUUCCUUUAGGCAACUCUCGAGCGUUCAGAAAAGGAUACUCGUCAGCGUCUGAAUGACCAAUUGGAGAGGCAGGAACGAGAGAUCUCACAGCUGCAGAAGAGGCUGGAACAAGAGGUGGAGCAGCGCCACUUGAUCAGCAGAAACCAAGAAGUGAGUGUGAAACUGUUGGUGCACAAGACUAUUCCAAUUAGCUUUGUCUCCAGAAUUAAAGGAGUUAUGGUACUUCAUUAAAUGUAUUUUGAGAGCAGCUCAUUGUGCUGGUUAGUCUUGAUUUCUCUGACUCACUGAAAAACAACACCCGAUGAGAACUGUAGGAAAGAAAUAAAAAAGUGCUCUCUGUGCAUCUCGCUGUAUCAUCUCAUACACAGAUCCAGGGGAUGGAGGCAAAGAGGCAGCUGGAAGCACAGGUGGCUUUACAGCAGAAGACCAAAGAGCUGCUGAAUGCUGCUGAGCUGGAGAUUAAAAACCUGCGUUUGCAACAGAGCGGCAGUGAUUCUCGUCACAUCCUGAGCUCCCCCUCCACGCCGAUUAUGAGAGGUUUGCACCAGCGCUCCUGCAUAGAAAGCAAAAGAAGGCUCCUACAUAGUUAAAUGUGUUGUUUCCACUGACUGGCAUGAAAUCUGAAAUGACUUCUAGCUCCUCAUAGCUACUAGUUGUGUAAUUUUUUUUCCUUUUAAGAUGUGUAACUCUCAUUUGCUUGAGUUGUUUUACAGUUUUAUUAAACAAGAUCCAGUAAAAGCUAAUGAAAUGUCCUAGCCAAUCUCUUUGAAAUGCCUGUGGUUUUUCAAACACAGACUUCUAACAAUAAACUGUUAUUUUUAUUUAUCCACAGCCCUUCCUCCCUUUUCCCUAAAAGCACUUUCCAAUUGAAUUGUUCUUAAAUUACAUUGCUUACUAGACAUCUUUCUGCUUUCAGGUCCACAGAGUUCAGAUCAAGACAGAGAGGACUUACAGGGUCGUCUGCGGCUGGCUGAAACCCGGGCAGAGGAGCUGGCAGAGAGCCUCAAGGCAACCACAUCCAACAUGGAGCAGUAUCGUGCCAUGGCUCAGAGCCUGGAGGAUUCCCUGGACAAAGAGAAACAGGUGCAAAAGAAACCUCAGGCUGCCUGUCCUGAGAUUUUUGAUUUUGCAUUACUUUGAAAAACUGAUGACCUGAUUUUGCUGUCAGAAACUUUUUGUGGAAUAAUUUUAUUUUCUACCAGAAGCACUUUAUUAGGCCUCAGGUGACCCAGGAAGCUCAAGCAUGGUACAUCACAAAUUAACAUAUCACAUGGUCAUUUGUCAUGAUUAGUCCUACUUGAUGUUUUUAUUUUUCCACCACAUAAGACUGCCAACAUUUUGUUUGGUAGAAUCAUGUUUUAUCUGGAAACAAAUGUCUCUAUUCUUCAUUUAAAACAAGCCCAAAAGUUACAAUGCUCUGUGGAAAUCUUUGAUCAUCUGUGUAAACGCAAAAAAUCAGAGUUAUGAUAGAACACUUUUGUGUACGAUUAGGGGGAACCAACUUUGUAUGUAUUUCUGAACGCCUAAUGACCAGGUUACAGAGCAGGCACGCUCAACCAUUGAAGCUCGUAUCAAGGAGGCAGAAAAGCAGCACCAUGCUCUGGAGGAGAAGGUGGCGGAGGCGGAAAAACAGAAACAAGAUUUGGAGGAACAGAAGAAGAAAGCGCUACAAGCUACAGAGGAACAGGUCUGUUAAAUCCCACAUUUUGAAGGUUUACACACACCGAGGCAAAUGCAGACUUUGAAACAUUAAGUUGAAGUUAACAGCAUACUCCUCUACGACUAGAUUCAUUAAAAUGCAGUAAGAAAAACCUAUCAGUGUUGUUUCUGUGUUCCUUUUAGAUAAACAACCUAAGGAGAAGCCUCAGCAGUGCCCAGGAAGAUCACCAGGCAGCUCUACAGAGAGUUGCCGUAGCUGAAGCCCAGCAGCAGCAAGCAUUACAAGAUGGUCAGGAGCAGGUAAACAGUUUUAAAAAAUAGAAAUAGAUAUCAAAAACUAUCAUCACUGUACUCUUUCUCAUCAGGAGUGACACAGUUAAGGCUAAUACCAUCACAAAUUCUGCUUAUCUUAUAGUUAUUAUAUUCACAUGUUGUUGUUUUCGGCCACGUUCAAAGUAAUCUGUGAAAAGUCACCAAACUUCUUUAUGUCAGUUUUACCCAUUUUUGUUCAUGGUAAAUUAGUGAAUUAUCAAUGUUAUAAUCUUUGUAUUUGAGUAAAGAUUGAUGAUAUAGUUUAUACUCCGGAAAACUCUGUAUACUACUGAUUGUUCAAAACUGUAAAUGUAAAUGUGCUUUAGUUAUACAGCCCUUUACAACAACCCUUUCAGUGAACCAUAGUGCUUUACAAUACAUAGUAGAUUAAAAAAAAGUGAAUAGAUAAAAACAACGCUACUGGGUAUUAAAAGCAAGCAUAAAUAAAUAUGCUUUCAAUCUAGAUUUGAAAAGGCCCAGGUCGGAUAUAAGUCUCAUUUUUGCGGGGAGCUUAUUCCAGAGCCUGGGACCAGCAUUUGAAAAGGCUCAGUCACCCCAGCAAAUAUAAACUCCAAAUAAGCAACAAAAAAAGGGCAACUACUAUAAUGUGAUUUAAAAUGUGCAUUCAACAAUUUUGUCUAAUCCUUAGUCCUGUUUUAAAGGCGAAGCUGGCAGCUGAAGCUCAAGACAAGUACGAGCGGGAGAUGAUGCUGCAUGCGGCAGACGUGGAGGCCUUGCAGGCUGCUAAGGCUCAGGCUGUGCAGGCUGUUGAGCUCAAACACCAACUAGAAGAGAGAGUGCAGAGGAUCAGUGCCGAGCUAAUGGAGGCAAGGGUGUCCUGGGAGGAGCAGGAGAAGAUCUUAAAGGUUGGUUGUAGAGGGGAUUUGAUAGAUGUCUGGGUGAUAAACCAACAUGAUGAGAUAAUGUUAAAUCAUGUUGAGCUUAAAAAGUCCCAGAAAUAUGUCUCAGUGCAACAUCAGAAGUCCUGAAUAUAUUUUUGUGGGGCAUUUUGGUUGAUUAUGUGAUAAGGUCUGAUUACUUUUCUAGCAACUGUCAAUCAUUUAGUUUCGGUUGUAAAUGUAAUUUCAAUGUUAAAUUCUUCGCUCAUAAUCUAGGAGGAAAUGUCAAAGAUGGAGAGCAGCCAUGAGGAGCUAAGGAAGCAGAACACCCUGCUGCACGAACAGAUCCAGGCAAUGAGCAGCAAGAUGGCUGAAAACCUCCAACGUGCUGUCAAUGAAAGUCCUAUGAAUAUCUCCCUGACUGAAGAAGGCAAAUCUCAAGACCAAGUCCUUGAGAUUCUGAGGUAACACACUUUAGGGACAAACCGUACUUAGUCCAUGGUCUUGAUUAUUCUCCUGUGUGUUGACCCUUUUAUAAUAUCUUCUUGUAUUCUGGUGUCACAGCUUUGUGCGUCGAGAGAAGGAGAUUGCUGAGUCCCGUUAUGAGCUUGCCCAAGGGGAGAGUUUGCGACACCGUCUGAGAGCGGAGCACCUGGAACAUGCGCUCAAGGAGGUCCAGGACAGCUUGAAUGCAGAAAAGGAGAUGCAGGUAGGCAACAAUCCUGCAAUUAAGAUCAUGUCGUUUUAAGACCUUUUUCCAAGUCGGUAACAAUUGCAGCACAAACUGUAUGGAACAUAGAGACGUGAGAAUAUUAGGUGGAGCAAGAUCAUGCACAAAUGAAUCUGACUACUCAAACCUGUAAAUAUGACAUAAGGUUAAAAAUCUGUUGUUCAUCUUGUACAGGUGACAGCAAAGACUCUGGUACAGCAUGAUGAGCUGAUAAAGAAAACGGAAACGAUGAGCAUCCUGGUGGAGACCAACAAGAUACUGAGAGAGGAGAAGGAAAAGACAGAGCAAGAACUUCAGCAAACACAAGCAAAGGUAUCAACGCAGUGGUUUGCAUCUUAAUUAUGAAAUCAGUAUGUAAAAUAUGAAUAUAAGAAGUGUUUUCCAAAAAUGUGCUCUUUAAGUCAUGUCACGGGACGUGCUGCAGUUUAGGUUUUUUUACUGAGUUGAACUUCAAGUCCACAUAGUUUCAGCUCCCUUUUUGUGCUGCAGGUCCAAAAGCUGGAGUCAGACAUCAUGCCUCUGCAGCAGGCCAACACCGAGCUGAGUGAGAAGAGUGGUGUACUGCAGGCUGAGAAAAAGAUACUGGAGGAGGACAUCAAGCGCUGGAAAGGUCGAACCCAGGUUUGUGUAGAUCAGUAAGACGGCCAAAAGGGAAGGAGGCUUGUCUGUGUAGUUUGUAGCAUUUAUUUAGUAGAGGGAUGAUUGUUAUGUUGCUUCGUUUCAAACCACUCACAUUCAAAUAUCUGCUGCUCUUCUAGCAUUUGGUGAGCCAACAAAAAGACUCCGAUCCAGAAGAGUACAAGCGUCUGCACUCAGAGAAGGAGACACAUCUCAAACGUGUUCAGCAGCUCACCGAGGAGAACACGAGACUGAAAGCAGAGGUUGGCAGGUGAGAGAUUGUUGAUCGUAAGUGACAGACUGGCUAUACCGAUGCAGGAUCUUCUUUUUGUUUGUAGUCUGAAAUAUUCUGUAAGUGAAUCAGCAGGUUUUGGUUUUGAGCUCGAAAACAGCCUCUGUGGAAAACAAAAGAAGCCGAACGCAUCAGCCAUAAUGCAAUCAGGCUCCUGGUGAUGAUAUACAGGAGCUGCAUUUUGUCUUUAGAGACAGUCAUUUGUUUACAAGUGUAGAUAAAAUCUGCUCAUGGAUUUUUUCUUAAAUUAUUCGAAAGAACUCAAGGUUAGAAGUCCUUUUAUUAGUAAACCCUGGCAGCCCUGAAAGUUGGCACUCCCAAAAACUAUACUACUAUCAGACAACGACAAGUGGGUUCCAAGACUGAGGGGAUUAAAAUGAUUUAACUGUUGAACAAGUGUAAAGUAGGGCUAAACCUUGAUACUGGUUGUCGAUUUGGCCAUUUAUCAUUAACUUUCUUUAUAUCCUUUUCUUAUCAUAGAACCAAUAACCAAAUGACGUCCCUGCAAAGCCAGCUACAGAGCCUGCGUGAGACUGUUAGUAAGAUUACCGAAGAGAGGAAUACUCUGAAGAGUGAAGUUGAAACAAAGACCCAGGACAUUGCAGAGAAAUUCAGAACUAUUACCCAGGUCAAGAAGAUUGGACGUCGCUACAAGACUCAGUAUGAUGAGCUGAAGCUGGAACAUGACAAGGUGAGUCUUUUAUAAGCCAAACUUAAAGAAAAAUAGUCAUGACAGUAAAGUAUGUGACUGUAGUUUGAACAUAGUUGAUCUAACCUGAUGUAACAUUUCCUCCAGAUGGUGGCUGAGGCUGCGGCAGGCCCAUCCCAAGAGGAAGAAGCUCGUCAAGCUUCAGCUCAGGAGAUGCAGGGCCUCAGAGACUCUCUGAGCCAGGCUGAAGCCAAAAUCAAAGAGACUGAAGGACAGCUGGAGAACGCCAACAAGGUACAAACAUCACAAGUCUCGCAUGUUUCAGGCAAAACCUGUGACUGCAGUACAUUUGAAUUGUGUUCCGUUAUCUUUUCCUAGUUAGAAACUUUCACUAUUUCUUUGGGCAUCUGCGACAGGUGGCUACAGAGCGUGAGACUGAAGCACGAAAUGCCCAAGAACAGUCCUCCAGGCAGCAGGCAGAGUUGACCAGGGUGAGGCAGGAGCUCCAGGAGAGAGCUUCACAGGAGGACACACUGAGGCAACAGCUGACUGAGAAGGAGGAGAAGACCAAGAAAACCUUUAUUUUGGCCAAACAAAAGAUCAGUCAGCUCAUGGGUGAGAGUGUGUCCUUCAAACGAUAAUUGUGUUUCAUAGUUUCUUCCUCCACUUACUCCUUGGGUCUCUAGUGGCAGUACUGCUCUUUUUAUUUGAAUCUCAGACCUAAACAUAAGUGUUUUAUGUACAGGCACCAAGGAGCAGCUGCAGAAGGAAAAUGAGACACUAAAGCAACAGAUUGAGGAGCUGGAGGUACGAGUAAGCGCUCUGAAGUCUCAAUACGAGGGCCGUCUGAGUCGGCAGGAGAGAGAGCUGAGAGAUCUGCGAGUUCAAGAGCAGAGAGAUGAGCAACCAGAGGCAGGACCAAGCAAGGUGAUAGUGGUGGUAGACUUCUUUUCAUACAUUUCCUUUAUUGCAUAAGAAUAUUUCAUAAAAGUCCUUCAUAAUGACUUUUUUUUCGUCCUGAUUUCAGACCCAGGAGCAGCAGAGAAGCACCGAACAGAGACAGAUCAGCCUGAAGACAACCCCAGCUGCAGACAGGGGCAGGUAUGACAAACUUGAAGUAACCAAACACAUCGUCCUUCCACUUUGAAACGUAUUAAGCUGGCACUGUUGGUGUCUUUUUUUUAUUUGAAUACGUUCCUAAAGUCAUUUCUAUGUCCACGCUCUUCUUCUCCGUCAGUGCCAGCUCAUCUGAGCCCCCGACCGCCAACAUUAAGCCAACACCUGUCGUAGCUACAGCUAGCAAGCAACCUGUCAAUCCAGGAAACAAACCCACUCCUCGAGCAAGCAUCAGACCCAUGAUCACUCCUGCUCCUGUUCCCACUCCAACGCCCACAGCUACUGUCAUGCCAACCACACAGGUGGAGUCACAGGAAGGUGAGUCGAACUAUGAAGCUCUUGGUAGAAGAAUCAGGUCAAAAGAGUGCUGCUUCUUUAGAUGAGUGUACCGAUUACUUUUACAAAGCUGUGUGUUUCUUAUCAAUGCGGCUUUUGGAUCAGUGAGAUUAUAAUUUUUUCCCUUCUUUCGAACUCCUCUACAGCCAUGCAGUCCUCUGAAGGCCCGCCUGUGGAGCAUGUGACGGUGUACGGCAGCGCCAGCGGCUCGGUGCGCUCCGCCAGCCCCAACGUCCAGACCACUUUAGCCAGCCCCAUGCUAACUGUGCAGCAGACACAGACACAAGCCACAGCAUUUGUCCAGCCCACUCAGCAACAAAGUGUGACCCACACAGAGCCAGCCAAUCAGGAGCCACCACCUGUGGUCAUCGAGGCAACACCUAGCACCCAGGUGGAAUGGCCUUCAACGUCUUCUACGUCCUCAGUGUUUGGAACCGGUGAGAAAAUAACUUUUGAACUGGAGAUUCAGAUAUUCUUUGAGUGGGAUAUUUAGUCAGGUGAUGCAACGUUUUAAAGGGAUACAGGACAGGUUCAUGUGUUUAUUCUCGAAAACAGAACAUGUAGCGACAAGGCCUCUCUUUUACAAACCUCAGGAAAUCACACAUUUAGUUAUAAUUUGAUGUAAAGUGUUGUUGGCUCUGCAUGAAGAAGACUAAACAGUAUCCCUCAUUUCUAGUUUCAGCCACACCAGGAACUUCGUCUAUGUCCAAGAGGCCUCGUGAGGAGGAAGAGAGCACCACCAUGGUCCCUGACACAGAAACGACACAGGAGGAUUCUUCCAGAGCUCCUAUCGCAAAGAAACUCCGUAUCAUCCAGAGAGUGGGUCCAGAGGUAAGGCAGCGGCUGCCUGUCCUGAGUGGGUCUUUCUCAGUGUUGUUUAUGAGCUGUGGUUGUCAUUUAAAGUGCUUGUUUUUUUUUCCACAGGAGGAGGUGCUGGUAGAGGACAGUGCUGAGGCUGAAGGAGUGGUGCCAACAGAUAGUCAAGAUGGUGCAGAAAUAAGCCAGGUUUGCAUCAGUUGAUACUAUUUAUGAUGUAAAAAAAAAACACCCCUCAACAAAAAUCAAAGUGUUCUCAUGCUCAGUGCUAACCUCAUUUGUCUUGUAAACUACAGUGUGACAAUGAAAAAAGGCUGUUUUCUCAAAUGUGGCACUUUUCUCACAUUUUUUUACAAGCACAAACUUGUUUUGUUUUUCUUAACGCCUAAAUUUACAAAAAAAAACACGACACUAUCUAUGCUGAGAGUCGCUUCUUCCAACAAAGAAGUUUGUGACUCAGUGCCAGUAUUUAUAGAGCUGAAGAAUAAAGAGUGUAAAGACAAGUUUUAUGUGUGAAUCUUCACUAAUGUCACACUUUUGUUAAAGAGAACGAAUGAAUGAAAAGCUUCAGUGUUGUUCAGACUUCAUGUUCUUCUGCCCCACAGACAGAGGAGUUUCCAGUACUGGAGGAAGGAGAUGAGGGGUCAGCAAACCAGUGCAUCCCAAUGGACCAAGAGGUUACCCUCAGUCAAAGUGACAAUCCUGACCAACUGCAGCAGGAAGUCAUUGUCAUAGUGACGGACACAGAGAGCGAGGACGAACAGGAAGAAGAGGACGAAGAGGAAGAGGAGCAGGUAAAGAGUCCCUGUUGAGCCUUUCACCACAAAGCUGCAGGAUUUGAUGUAAAUGUGUUGUUAAAUUUGUAUAACUGUUAUGACCUCUUGAAAUUUAGGACUAUGAGGAGGAGGAAGAAGAUGAAGAGGAAGACGAGGAGGAGGAAGAUGAAGAGGAUGAUGAGGAGGAUGAUGGAGAGAUGGGGGAGGAAGGCGAGGAGAGCAAUGACGGCAGCGGAGACGGCAAUGAAGCCUAUGAAGGAGAAGAUGCAGAGGUUUGAUUACCUGACACAUGAUCCACUAACUUGAAAAACCUGCUCACCCACGCAGCUUUCACUUCCAGCACACUGAGUUAACCCUUCCAGAGAGUUAUGAACCAUUUCCUGCUCAUAAACUCAGCUUUUCCACAUUUUCUCAUUUCACUGUCACUUCUUUUUUACCCACGUGUGGCAGCUCUCUGUCCGCGUGUGUUGACUCAAGUUGUUUACCUUUUCACUCCAGUCUUGGCUGCAUGUAUUCAGUGGAGUGACUCAGUGUCUGAUGAGGGCCAGUUAAAGGUCUGUUACUGGUAACCUGCAUGUGUUGGCGUUGAUUUAAGAGGGGAUACGUUGAAACACUGUCUGAUGUUUAUAAACUGAUCAUUUAUGAGGGCAGCUGUUAGAAAAAAGCGACCAUACUUGCUGCAAUUGUGGCUAAAGAUUGUUACCAAGCAACACAGUAUAAACUAUUUGUGUCAAAUCUGCUCACAAGAGUGCUUGGCAACAUUUUAGACACAUAAGAGAAAUCAUCUUGAGAGGAUUUUAGGUUGUUCUAACAUUAAAAAGCGUUAGCACCAUCUAUAGCACAAGUCAAAUCGGUUUAGCACCAUUAGCAUUUAACAAGUGAGCAAUGUUUUGUGCCUUCAAUAAUGGAAAACUAAAACUCCAACUAACUUACUUGUAAUUGUCGUGUUGACCAGGGAGGGUGUCAACUUAAUUCACAUUGCUUUUCCCAACAUUUUUGAGCAAAAUCAAAAGAAACAUGGGUGUUUUUCUGACGCACAUUUUUGUUCCACAAAGGAAAAAUGAAUCAUAAUGUGUUUAAGGAGCUUUUCCAGUUCAUGUUUGAAUCUAUAGUGUGUGUGUGGCAACCUUCCCAUAAUCUGUUUCCGCUGAUUCUACCAACACCCUAUUUCUCUUACAUCUCAGUUAAACAUUUUUCUUCUUUUUUUCCAACUUCACAUUUUAUUAACCCCUUUAAAAAUUCCUCUUGAGGUUUCACUGUUCUUUAUUAUUUCCCCUUUUGUUCUGUCCUUUCUCAGGGAGCUGACGUAACAGACCCGGGCACCGAGACAGAGGAGAGUUUGGGGGCGUCUGACUCCACCCAAAGACCAGCAGAUUCCCAGACACCCAGCUGUAAGAUCCAGGAAACCCUGUCAAACGCACAUAUGUAGAUCCACCUCAGACUCUCCACGUGCGCUCACAAACUGUCCCGCCAUCCUAUUAGAUAUCUGACUCGACACGGUGACUGAGAAAGAUGUAAUAUGUUGUUGUCUGUCUAAAGGGACGAGUGGUACAGGUCAAGCAGAAGCCAAAGUAAAGGUUGUCUCAAAAAGGAGCAGAGCGUUUGCUUUGCUCUGGAAAGAAAUCGAAUGAUUCAGAUUGUUUUGUACCCGUGGGCAGCAGGUACACAAAGCUCAAGUUGUUGGGGCUGCUAAAAAAUGACAGGAGAUUCUUAAAGCUUGAUUUUUAUAUAGUCAUAGCACCAUAGAAAUAUGUACCAUUCAGAUUUAUGAUAUUAAUGAGAAGGAAGAGCGGUAAACCCCUGAACAAAAGGAGUGUGAACCCGCUCCUCUCUUGUAUCUCAAUCAAAUGUUUGUUUAUAAAACGAUAUGGACCUCUGUUAUUUACAGUAUUUCUCCUUGGUUUCAGUUGAAGCUGGUACAAUGGAGGCCUUCUCCACAGAACAACCAAUCACUAGCUCUGGCACAAGGAUGCCCCAGGCCCCACGGAGGCCGACACAUCAGCUGCCCCCUCGCCUGAACAUCCACCCUGCCCCUACAUCAGAGCUGGGGCCACCCGCUCAGGUUCCUUUCGUCAUUUUUAUGGAAGUGCUUUUCACACUGUUUUAUUUUGAAACCACAAUCACCCAAAUCAUUUUCUGUCAUGUCUUUCCACAGCGGAUCCCUGUUCGACGAGUCCCUCAGCUCACUCCUGGUGUGCAGAGCAGCGCUGUAAGUCCCCUACAAUACCUUUUAAAAAUACACACAUAUUACAUAAAUCAUAUAAAUCACCAAUUUACUCUUGAGUCUCUGUGUUUGUGUUCAUCAUUUUGUUCCCCCUCCGACUCUGCAGCAGAACUUCUUUGAAGAUGAUGAUAGGAUGGUUCCCAGCACUCCCACUCUGGUGGUACAUCGCUCUGAUGGUUUUGAUCAAGCCAUCCAGUAAGUCUCACUCGCAUGUUCGCAGAGAAGGAAGUCUGAGUGCCUGUGAAAAAAAUUAGCAUUUAUAUUUAUCUCACAGCACGUGUUUUGACAGAUCUGUUUUGGCGCCUUGCUGAGUGUCUUCAUGAAACUUUCCUCUCAUGCUGAACUGAAUUAAACUGAAUUUAAUCAGUAAAAUUAACACAUUAAAGGGUAAAAUAGAGGACUUAGAAUUUACUUCUAGAAAUUUUUGAUUCUGUUUUUUCUUCAAGGUAUUUUAAUUUUGUUUUUUAAAGCAUAACUCAAUAGUCUUGCUCCUAAGAUUUCCUCCAUUUAUAGAAAACACUGUAAUCUUAAGCAUAUAACCUUUGAAAGUUAGACCUUAAGAGGCUUGUAUGUGUAUGUUAAGAUGUUAUUAGAAUAUAUAGGAAAGAUAGGGUGGAGAACCUAAAAUGCAAAGUGUUUUUCAUUUGUCUCUCAGUUCCCCCCAAGUGACUGGUGUCCCCUUCAGGUUUGGCCCUUCAGACGACAUGCCCCAAACCAGCUCCUCGUCACACUCUGACCUGGGACAGCUCGCAUCUCAAGGAGGUACUCCACACACAGCCUGUUCUCAGAGACACUUCAUGUUGAAAAAUAUUAAAUAAAAUGAGUUUUUGUUUUUUUUCUUGUUUUCAGGUCUUGGCUUGUAUGAAAGCCCCUUAUUUCUGUCAACUCAUGAGGAGGAAUCGGGUGGACGCAGUGUCCCCACCACACCAUUACAAGUUGCAGCACCAGGUAUCUGUCUUUUCAAACUUGUGAAUGAACAGAUCUGCUCAGUCUUUUUGGUGCAGAUACAAUAUUCAAAAGGGUAAAAAGAAUUUGUUUGGAUCUGUGAGUGCUAUCGGUCGCUACAACAAAACGAUAAUCUUGUUUUUCUGUUCCAGUAACUGUUUUCUCAGAGGCAGCUCAGUCUGACACCACUGAGCACGCCUCCCAGUCUGUUCCCACGGUGAGCACAUCCACACCAGGUCUGGUUGUACCGGGAACGGCUAUCGGCGGAGAGGAGAGAGAUGACGUCUUCCUGGAGCCAGACACUGAUAGGUGAGUCUCGCUCCUGUCUGCUGUUUGUCAGUGUUGUCCUCUAAUAAGAGUCAGACCUCUGCCUCUGUAGUCAGACAGUUUUUUUCAUCCUAACUUUAAUUUCCAUACAGAACUAAUCAAAUUUUUAAAAUGUGUAAUUAUAUUUCUCUCAACUGGUAGAUUCAUGGAAUUUGUAACAGAUGUUUGCACGUGUGUGGAGUGCAUCUUUUGUUGUUUUGAAGAUGAAACAACUUUAUCAUACGUCUGUCCUGGUCUGUUUAAUUUAGGCCCAGUGCAGAGGUGUCAAUAGAUCCGGUGGUCUCACAGGGAGAUCCAGAGGAGUCAAGCCAGACAUCUGACAAGUCCAGCCUCCCCUCCACCAGCCAGGAGCCCUCCUCUAGUUCUGCAGGUACUGAGUGCAGAUUUCAACUGUGUCCGUCAUUAUCCUCUUUCCUAAAAGUGUUGUUCUCUUCUGAUGAGACUCGUGUAUUUUUCAGACACAAGCAGUGCACCACCUAAACCCUCCAGACCUGGACCCAGCAGACAGUUGCAGCGCUGGCCAGAAAGCCGGGGUGGACGCUUUAAGAGAGGAGGUAACGGUCGCUCAUUAGCAUUAAACUUGCCCUCCUUAGUUCUCAGUGACUCAUUCUGAGAUAACAUAGAGCCACAAAGGUGUCAUAUAAUGAUAAUAUUAAACAUUUGUAAUGGAGGAAGAGAGGACUAAAGAGCAUCAGGAGCUGUUAAAGGUUAUAUUUCAAUUAAGUAUCAUGAACAUUAUCUUUGUACAUAAUAAUGUGAAUGAAAACAAACCAUGACAUUAAAAAAUAUUAUUAAUUACAAACCAAAGAUUAAAAAGCAGCAGCUGAAGAGAUCUCUUCAUCCUGAGGAAUGAUGCAUAAUGAUCUGCAAGGUAGUGAGGAGCAGUCCUGUACUGUUUCUGUAGUACAGGGUCACAUUUUUCCUCUUUCUAAAGUUUUAUUUCAACAGAAAACAGGCUCAAGAUAACAUUAUGAUAUUUAUUGUUCAUUUGAUUUAGUGUAGCAGAUUUUCAGGUUGGUUUAUAGGACUCCCAAAAACACUGAAUAAGUUCACUUGUUACCACAAAAUGAUCUUUAGUUUUCUUUAUUCUUUUACUCAUUUGCUGUAGCUGCAUAGAAACACAUUUUAUUUUCUGUAGAUAUACAUGUAUUAAAUGCUGACAUGUCAUACAGUAUGAUCACAAUAUGCACAGUCUGGCAAAGCAUUUGUCAAACUUUAAUGACAGUAAUUUGCAUUGACAUAUUGUUAUAAUAAAAGUUGAUUGUUAAUACAAAUAAAAAAAGAUAUUAUGCCAACAUAAUAACAUUUUAAACAGCGCUGUACAGAAUUUUUACAUCAGUGUAGCAGGCGUUCCACUAUUAAAAAUGUUUUCUUUCUUAACAGGUCAAGGGUUUCCUUCACGGUUUUCUCGGGGUGUCCAUGGAAGACGAUUCCAUAGAUAAAGCACUAAUCUGAACAACAAAAAACUUGUCAUUCCCAUCAGAACCAUAUAAAAACCCUUAGAGUUUUGGUUAAGUUGUUCAGAUGUUCACAAAUGUCCAUGCUGAAAAGCCUGUUGAUGUUUUUUACUUUUAUUUUUAUUAAGUGUGCUUAAAAAGUACCUUUUGUAACCAGUCCAUGCUGCGGCAGAGUGUUUUAUGAAGAUUGAAAUAAACUUUGAAUCUACAUGUAGACAUCCUUUCCUUCAAUCAGACUUUCUUGGGGCAUUUGAAGACGUCGUUAACCUGCGGUGAUGCGUUGGCUGCAGGAGCAGCUAUGCUCGGACGUCCCCCGUCCAUCCUCACUUUGUAGGAUUUGGCUGCAGAAUGAAAAGAAUGGUUGUUGAUUUAGCAUUUUUAAUUUAUGUCUGGUGUUGAGAAUAUACUUUGAAUCCAUGUUUGUGCCAGUUUCCAUUUGAGUGAAUGUUAAUUUGGUGUCCUCAGACAGUCCUGACUUCAGAGCUCUCAUUUAGCUUGGACAGCUGUUGGCUACAACAAGACAUAUGUUUUGAGAGGUCCAGUUUUUCUGUGAUGACAUACAAGACUAGACAUGAAAGUUUUACGUACACGGGAAAUGCAUUUCUCUUUCUACCACAGGUAUUAACAUUAAAAUGGAAACUUUUACUGUUUCUCCACAUUAAACAAGAGCCUUUGGUGAUGGAUGCCUCAAAUGACCUUUCCAUCUGCCUAUAAUCCCAACAGUAUGCUUCUCCUAUAAUCCCCCAACCCCACCCUGACACACACUCUGACACAUGGUCCUCAUUAUGCUUUUCAGACAUGAUGUGACAGUUACAAGAAAGUUUUGCAGCAGACAGACAAGAAAAAAAAAUAUUUAUCCUUUUGAAGCAAAGCAACUAAAUUUCUAAACAGUCUCGACCACAUCUUUGUCAGUUUGAUAGACUAGGAUUGUUUGUUUAAGUCUAGGGAUUUGUUAGUGUUAAAAACACGCCCAUUUCUGCCUAAUGGAUCUGCAUUUAACUUUGCUGACAUGGUAUGCUUAUUCAGACUUCAUACAACGGAAUAUUUUAUGCGAGGUGCUUCACCUGAAAUGUUGUUGGUGGAGGGGUUUAGUUUACGAUGGCAAUUCACACAAAACCAUUGAAACAGAACUAAAAUCAACAGUCGUCUCCAUGCCUUUGCUUAACUCACAUACUAAACAUAUAUUGUUAAAUUAAGGGAAUCACACUUAAUGUAACCUCUAAGACAUCCGGCUGUUAUAUUAACCAGUAUAGAGUAACUUACAUCUAGAGUAGACGUAGUAUUUGUACCCCUCUGCUUCUCUGUUGGUCGGGAUGGAAACAGCAGCUGUGAUGGUAGAGGGGAAACCUCUCCAGGACGUCCGGAUGUUGAUAGUUGGGCCCAGAGCAGACACUGGAAAUGAGACAGGUGAAGGUAAAUUUAGUCACGUUUAAACCACUUUUUUUUUUCAUUUCAACUGCACUUUUAUGCCAUUUUUUCCCCCGUUUUGACGCUUUAACAGUUGAAGUGCCAUACAUGGUUCACAGGAACUGAACCUUGGCUUGCUAAUAAUUUACAACGGAUGGAUCUCUCUGCCCCUCUCACCUCUACCACAGAGGCAUGACUCAUUUUUUCAGGGAACUUUGUGAAGUAACUCAAAUAAAACAUGUUUACUUGAGCCUGAGUAAAUCUGGUAAAUACCUGACAAACACCCAGUAAGGCCCUCACUGUUAAAAUUUUACAAGACCACACAUGAAAAAGAGGUAGGCUAUAAUUUACCUGCUCCACCCAAACUUGCUGCUCAACAAAACACAAAAAUGUAAAUUAUUUACAACACAAAAAGAGAAAGAAAGUAACAGCUGAGAGUUGCUCACAUGUUCUGCAUGCAUUUAAAUGAUACACAUCUCUUAAUGUUAAGAUUUAGUCUCCUUUUCAUCUUAUCUAUUAUAACUGCAACACCGUGUUAAUAUUGCAAUUCAUUUUAGUAUUUGUGAAGUUUUAAAAUAUUAACUUUUCAAGUUAUAUGCAUGUAUAUGUGGCCUUUAGUUUUGCAAUAUUUAUAAGUUACCCCUGUAUUCCCCACUAAAGUGCCCCAAACUGUAUUGUGAGCAAUCUGAGAUUCAUAGUGUGUGGUGGCUUCAUAUUUCCUUGUCUUUUUUGUCUAGUAUUACAUUUUAAUGGAUGUUACAUAUUAAUGGAUGUUAUCAUAAAGAGACCAGGUUUGUCUUUCAGCUCCUGAAGUACCUGCUUGGCGCACUAUCCGGUUUUUGACCGUGUAAAUGGCAUACUGGGGUUUCCUGCCACACUUUGGACUGGUGCCGAACUGGUAUGAAUAUUUCUGGACUGUUCCCCCUAAAAGAGCCAGACAGGAGUCAAUUUCACAACAGUUCACUCAGACGAUACUUGAAAAUAUAUAACUAUAUUUACAACUAAUCUUGAGAUAAUUUGUCCACAGUAGUUCACCUCUCUUGAAGAAGUAGACCGACUCUGUCCUCCUCUGGUACUGAGGCACAGACAGAGCGGCGGUGAUGUGACCCCGGAGCCCAUCAAAGCCUGUUUCAAUGACCCGUGGAUAGCCAGGGUCCAAAACAUCAUUCUCAAAUCUCCAGUACUGGGGCCCCUAUAAGGAUUACAAACCAAAAGCAGGUGAAUUAACAAAUGUAAGAUCGAAUAAGCAUAAGCUACACAUAUAUUUUGAAAAGCAAAAAUACAACCUGAUUAAGCGCACUCAUGAAAUCCCUUAAGUUCUAUUUGUAAAUCUACCUUGAAAAUGUAGGUUUUGCCCUGGCAAUUGCAACGAGUAAACACAGUGUCAAUUGGGGAGGGGACGCCCCACACUUGAGUGAUGCCACGGGCUGGACCCGGCACCCUGUUACUGUCCAACAUCCAGAAGAAGUGUCCUGAAAAAAAAAGUGAACAAUAUAUAAGGACAGCCCAUACAUACAACCUCAUUUAAGAAAUUUAGUCUGCAAAAAUAUACCUGAGAGUGGUUUUAGACGGAAUUCAAGAGUAAAAUACUUCAGUAUGCACCUCUCUACCACAAUCAUGAGCAUUCAAUAUCAACUGCCUGGCUGGCUCUCACCUCUAAAAACCACAAUUGUGCCGUUGCUCAGCGUGGUGACUCCACUGACUGGCCGCCCACUACAUAGAUUUGUAUCAUUGCUGUCAUCUGAGGAAAAACAGAACAUAAUUAUCAGGGAAACCAUCUGUUUGGAUACACAUAAAAAAACAAGGAAACCACACAAUUACAGACUGAGUUAUGGGGUGUUAGAUGUACUUUUGUGCUUUGGUAGCUGAGCUGAGGGACUUUCUGUUUACCCCAUCUUUCAAAGUAUUAUUUUCAAAGCCUCAUUUCAACUUUUAAAGGGCUGUCGGGGUCAUUUACAGUGUGUAAAAACAGCCACCUCUGUCUAAUAUAGUGUGGCCAUGCUUUGAGAGAGGUUCUGUUGAACCCAGAGGCAUAAUGAAAAAAUGACGAAGCUCAUAAAGCAAACUAUGAACAGUCAUAAAAAUGAGCCAGAAACUGGAUGCUUCCGCUUUUGCAAUAGUGUAAGAUUCUUGUUAAAUAAGUGAGUCGCUGGUAGAGUCUUACAGGAUUGACGAUUUCUCCUCUACGAGCCACAGAAUUCAUGUUUAAGGCAGUUCUCACCUGCUUGGUAAUCUCUGGGAUCAUCUACAGUGAUAGACUGUCCAACAUCCAGAGGUUUGACCUCAGGUUUGGAGCCCGGUUUACCCACAGCUGGUUUCACUGGCACUGGCAAUGGCUUAAACACCUCAGGUUUGUCCUGGGGUUUGGAGGUGGCCUCAGGUGUUGUAGGUUCAGUUGGGACUGGGGUGAGAUCAAAUGUAUCUGCUGUGGUCCCUCCUGGUGUAACAUCCUCUGUAGCUUCGUCUGGCAUAGUGUAUGUAGAUGAGGGAAAAUCGGUUGUGAAGGCAUCAGGUUCUGGGUCUGUAGGAGAGACACUGGAAGAGCCCUCAAGGUCUGGCAGAGAGGAUGUAGGUUCUGUAACAUCUUCUAAGUUGUUGUUAUCUGGUUUGAGGGUUGAAAUGGUCUCUGUUGGGACGGUUGUUGGGUCCAGCGUUGAUGAGGCAGGACUGGUGGAAUCUGCAGAGGAGUCCUGCGUGGGUUCUGUGGACCCUGGACUGGUGGUUGCGUCUGGAGAUAGGGUUGUAACAUCUGGAUCAUCAGUGGAGGCUGCAGUUGGGUCUGUACUCUGUGCCUCAGGGGAAAUGGUACUCUCAGGGAGUGCUUCUAUCUCAGGCUCUGGGAUUUCGGGGCCAGGAGUAUCCCCUCUUGGGGGAUCCGCUGGUGAAGCAGGCCGGCUGGAGACAGCUGCUGUUGUUGGCUGAGGGGGAGUUGUUCCAGAGGUCAUGGAAUCAUCAGCAUCUGGAGGACAAACAUGGUUAUAAACUCCUACAUUCAGAUUCAGAGAACUUUGUAAAUUAAAAGUGACUGCAAGACUGUGAAGGGGGAUUGUGCUAAAAAGGAAAAAUAUUAGAAGUGAUUUCUGAUGCAGACACCUCCAAAACUGAGAAAGGUCCUUAAUUCCCCAUCUGCUACUAUUAAGUGAUCUAGAUGGUAGUUUACAGUGCAUACAAAUGGAAAGAAAUGGCUGUAAAGUCAGAUUAGUUUUGUAUAUUGUUGAGCUUGAAGCCCCAUCAAUGUAACAUGGUCUGAUAUUCACUGAUUUACAUACCUGGGCUGUCAGUGGAGACCUCUUCAACGUUUGUUGGGAGUGUACUGAGGUUAUCAUCUUUGGAAGUUGUUGUCUGUGCCUGAGAGGUAGUUGUCUCUGCAUCUGUGCUGGUCUCAAAAGUGUUUGGAUCCUGGGUGGGUUCAGUUGAAAACAGAUCCAGGAGGUCAGUUGUAAAUGAUCCGUAGCCGCUGGUGCUCUCAGGGAUCGGAGUGGCUUCAGGGUUUUCCACAUUAUUGUAAGAAUAAUCAUCAUCAGGGAAAAUCUGGGUGUGCAUAUCUAAAAGAAUUUAAAAGUAAGGAGAGUUAAGCGCCUGGAUGUCAAACUCUUAUAGAUUUACUUACAGGAAAACACUUUUAUUUAUUAUCAAUGCACAUAAUCACUCACCAUCACUGAGGUCAUCUUGUGGACUGACCAAGGAAAUUAUAUGGUCAUAAGUGUAAUUGUGAAUAUUCAAUCAUAAUUUCAUCAAAAGCAGCUUUAUUUUCCUGCAUUUAUGUUUUCUGGGCGUACAAUGUGAAUUUUCCAGACGGAAACGUUUCUACGUCUCUUCAGAUGCAAGAGUAUCUCCACCUUCAAAAGUUUCCCUGCCAAGUACUGGAUCAAACCCUUCAAGAGAAAGCUCUGUCAUCUUUUCUUGGCUUCAUUUAGUGCUUUCCUUUUCUUGUGACUGAGCCUGUGCCCGUAACCGUCCCACAUACUCAGAACAACACUACUCCCUUGUCUUUAUUUUGGCUGCUGAGGCCCAUGCUUUUGGCUGGUUCUGGUGGAGGCUUGGCCUCUUAGAAAACCAAAGGAAGAGAGCGGGUGUUUUCAGGUCAGCCACAAACAUCAUCCUGCCUUCCCCCUGACAUAUGCCUUGUUUAAUCAAGGUUAAAAGUAUUUCAGAAAACAUGUCACCUGUAUUGUCUCCCUCGCUGAAUGUAGAAUCUUGAUCUGUUGCUCCACUCGCAGCUGGCUCUGUGGGAAUAUUCGGAAAUAAAUAUGAGACAGUUGAUCCUGUUAAAACAAUCAUUUGAUCCUAAGUUACUUUAAUUUUAAAAAGAGAUCCUUUUCAGGUCAGAUAUACCUUUUGGUUUGAUACUAUUGAUAUUAUCACAUGAAAUAGUCUUCCCUGGGGCUGUUUCACUUGUUUCUUCACUGAUUUCCUCUGUGAUGAUUAUCAAGACAGAGAAUAUUGUAAAUAUUAACCCAUUGCAUUGGUGCAGAUUACUGCAUGCCAUGCAUGCUGUUCCACAUGCUGGUGGACAUGCAGGUUUUCCAUGUCUGACUUAUGCCCACUUUAUCUUUCAUGCACAUGUAUGAGUUUCAAUGUGCCGUAACUCUGAUUGUUGUCAGACAAAAAAACUUAGGAUGACUGGGAAAGGUGCAAAUUAUUAACACAUUAUUAUCACUGUGUCUUUUUGACAAACGGUUCAAGAGAUUUGUGAGCAAUUCAUGCUCAUGAGUAUUUGCUGUCCUCUUAAUGUAGGUCAUUCAUAGACAUAAUAUUGAAUACAAAAUGCAAAGAUAAAUCUAUCAUCAUGCAUGACAUAGCACACGUGCUCACAGCGAAUCAUGUCUAAAGAGGACUUACCUACUGCAUCACAGUGGUUUUCGUAAUCUGGACAACACUGUUUGUACUUAACACAGUCCAUGUCACAGCUACAGAGCCUGCCUCUUUUAAAACCCUCUCCACACCGACCUUUACAGGAGUCUCCUGAUGCACACAAACGCAGCAAGUUUUAGCAAAACAGACCUUUCUGAGACCACUCAGGACUUUUGAUUUGAUCUUUUAAACUGUGGGAAAAAAUUAGGUAAAAUAAUCAUUGAUGAAUAACAAUCAUUAUUUAUUAAGUGUCAAUUCAUAAAAAUCUUCUCAAGAGACCUAACAAAAGAGAAAGUCUAAACCACAUUCAUUGUUCAUAUUGUUUUAAAUUUUCUUUGGCAGACAGAAACAUUGAGCAAAUGAUGUAUAAAUUAGUUAUAAAUAGGCAUGAAAAACACUUAUGUUUUGAUAAAACUCUUACUUGUUGUGCAUUUAGCUUCAAAGUCUUUGCAGCACUCUCCAUAUGACAAGCAGGUAUAGUCACACUGACACAUGUAACCCCUGUAAUACUCUGCGCCACAUCGACCUCUGCAGCUUGCUGUUUAUGAAAAAUAUAGGCAAGAAUAACAAUAUACAGUAUUUUAGAAACAUAAGCAAAAUAGAACUUGUGCCUUUAAAGUUUCUGUGUUAUUUUCUCCAACAACCCAGUGCGCUUGAGGACACAGCUUGUAAAUAAUACAGCUGUGCCCGAUAUUGACUUUUGAGGGUAACUAUUUAUCAAGAGAGUAAACAUGGAUGAGCACACGCACAGAGAACAAGUGAAAUAUUCCAUGAAAACCUUUAUCUGAAGACAAAUAUCUGGUGAUCACAGUAUUGAAGAGUGCUUUUCAGGUAAUAGAUAAUGCUAGAUAAAAUCAUUCUUAAUAAAAUAACAUCUUUAACUCACUCUGGGCAGCAGUGAAUGUCAA